UGGUUUGAUUUGAUGUUGAUUGGUCGCCGUUGAAAAAAUUGAAGGCACAUAGGAUAACGGGUGGCUUCUAGUUAAAGCAUAAAGGAGGAAGGCAUAGUCUUCACAAACUUUUGUGUAUAAAAGGAAAGGAAAGCCAGUGGUUUGGUAUCAAGAACUCAUUCAACCACUUCACUGUUUAGAAACAGAGCCUUUUAAACUCCUUUGGGAUUUUUUGGUGGUACUUGAAUUGUGAAAACCAUAAAACCAGUUUGAUUAAUAUUUGAUGGAGAACUUGAUGGGUCUUCUGAGAAUUCACAUCCAAAGAGGAGUGAACCUUGCUGUUAGAGACAUGAGAAGCAGUGACCCUUAUGUUGUUGUCAAAAUGGGCAAGCAGAAGUUGAAAACUCGGGUGGUGAAGAGGAAUUUGAAUCCUGAGUGGGAUGAAAGAUUGACUCUUUCUGUUGCAGAUGCAAAUCUUCCGAUCAUGGUUUGUGUGUACGAUAAAGAUACGUUUAGUUUUGAUGACAAAAUGGGAGAUGCAGAGUUUGAGAUUGGUUCUUUCAUUAAAGCCUUGAAGAUGCGCUUGGAAGGCUUAGCAGAUGGAACCAUAAUUGCCAGAGUGCAACCAAGCAGGGGAAACUGCCUUGCUGAAGAGAGCUGCAUCAUCUGGUCCAAGGGCAAACUUGUCCAAAACAUGGUCCUCAGACUCAGAAAUGUGGAGUGUGGGGAAAUUGAGCUCCAAUUACAGUGGAUUGAUGUUCCAAGUUCUAGGGGUCUCUAGAUUGCAUUCUCUCUCUCUCUCUCUUUUCUUUUUCUCUGUAUAGUUGUAUUUGGGGCCCUGGUUAUUGAAUUCUUUUGUUCACAGAUGUGAGAGAUGGUAUUUGAGUUUUUAUCCUCCCAUGUAUUGGUGUCAAUCACAUGGGAUGUGAGAAAAGUUUGAACAGCUUGAGUUUCAUUUUCUAUUAAAAUUACGAUUUAUUUGAUUCA